AUGCAUGGCUUCACACGUACUUCGCAGCACCAGGCGGACGCUGCAAUCCAGAACAGUCAGAAUGCAGUCAGGUAUUCGGCCUUCAGUAUCAUGAGUCGCCACGAACUCCUUGAUCCGGAUAGGUCUGCGACGGCGCAGGACGUGACCAAUUCCCUUUCUGAAUCAGCAAAGCAUGUCUACCUCAGUCAUCGAAACGGUUUUAUCUUGCUAUCACGUUUAAUACCUGCAGACGAGGCUUUCGGCGCCAAACUGAAGGUCCACCUUUUCAUGUUUAGAAGCUGGACCGAAGGGAACAUACCCAGUGUAUCGGCCUGGCCUUUCGAAAAAGUGGCCCCUUCCAUGUCGGCAAAGGCACUAACAGAUAUCCCCGACAUCCUGGAUUUAUUCCCCGAAUUGCGAGAGGGUAACAAGAAAUGGUUCGCACCUGGAUGUAGCAUGAAGGAUAUAUAUGGUAUGGCGCCCGCGCUGAGGUGGAACUGGGAUGUGUCCGCUCGCUAUGCAGAGGUGGAGGACGUUGGUUUGGAGGCCAAGUACCGGGACGCGAUGGUGCUGCAUGGAAGCUCGAGUGGAGUUCCAAUAGAUACACUUAAUCAACUUGCCACGAAGUUAGACAGGGGUGAUCUCUUACCUACUCAUGGUUCAGAUGGGGGAGCUUGGGUGUUGCGGAAUCUUGAUGCACGUGAGGUGGUGCAGUUCAAGGCAAUUAAGGAUGAGGAGGGCUGUAUGAGGGUGUAUGUAGAGGAUCACUCGUGGUUGACUAUUGACUAUGUUAUCAUGAUGCGAAUAUUAUGGCAGGGCGGCUUCCACGAAGACUGGCAUACGACAAAGGUAGCCUGGUCGAAAGAGGGGACAUGGGCUGGCCAUCGGUUUGAUAUCGUCGAGGCUGGAGGCUUGGUGACUGAGAGUAGCUGGAGAGACGUCACUGAAGAUUUGACUAAGGAGGCCGAAGAAUUGAGGACUUGGAUCUUAGCUGAAUCGUAG